AUUUAACACUCGCAGAAAAUAGAAACAUAUCGCGUCUUGUCUUGUCUUUUGUUCACUUCUCAUUUUUCUAAUCAAAUCUCCGGCUACGAUCAUCAAUCUUCUAUCUGUUUCUCGUUACUCACUUCAGACAUGGCUGUCGCGAAGGUCGUGGCUUUGUUACUACUAUUCUCCUUGGUUCUCACCACCGGUGUCUUUUCCGAUGAAGAACCGACGACAACCCCUGGAUCCGCUUCCGAGAUUCAGUUGGAACAGCUUCACGCUAAAAUCCAUACCCUAGAAUCUCAAGUUGAAGAGAAAAGAAGAGAAGUUAAAGAGAGAGAGGAGACAGUAACAGAAAAGGAGAAACUUCUGAAAGAGAGACAGGACAAGGUUUCUUCCUUGGAGACUGAGCUUUCAUCACUUCGGGAAAAGGGUUCGUCAGAAUCUGUGCAACUGUUGGAGAAAGCGCAAGCACGAGCUACUGAAUUAGAGAAGCAGGUAGAGGUGCUUAAGAACUUUCUGGAGCAAAAGAAUAAGGAGAAAGAAUCUACUGAAGCUCGGACUAGUGAGGCCGAGAAAAAGCUAAAUGAAUUGAACUCCAGAUUGGAUAAACUUCACAAGACAAAGGAAGAGCAGAAGAACAAAAUACGAAAACUUGAGCGUGCUCUUAAAAUUUCCGAGGAAGAAAUGUUGCGGAUGAGGCAUGAAGCAGCCACAAAGGCUAGGGAACUCCAGGAGGUUCAUGGCUCGUGGCUUCCCCAUUGGCUUGCUGUACACUGGGUUCAUUUCCAGACUGUUGCUGGGCCACAUUGGGAUGCCCAUGGGAAACCGGUUCUUGAGAAAGUAACACAAAAGGUGACGCAAGCGAAGACUCAAGCUGAAAGGUGGGCUGAACCACAUAUGGUUAAUGUUAAAACUAAAUAUAUUCCAGCCGUGAAAGAGACCGUCAAGACGCAUGUCGAGCCACACGUACAGACGCUAUCUACCAAAGCGAAAGAGGCUUACCAUGCUUCCAAGAGUGCAGUUACUCCUCAUAUUGUCAAGUUUCAAGCACAUGUAGAUCCCUAUUACCAGGAGGCUAAAAAGUUUAGCAAGCCAUACGUUGAUCAAGUGGCCACGGCCACAAAGCCACAUGCUGAUAAGGCUAUUCACUACUACAAAGAGUUUCUAAAAUCUGCUACAACAUAUCACGACCAGGUUCAAGCCAAUGUCGAAAGAAAGUUGAAGAGCCAUGAGCUGACGGCACCUUUUGCCACCAAAGAGUUCAUUUGGUUUGCAGCAUCUGCUUUGUUGGCGUUACCCAUCUUCAUAGUGUACAGAUUCCUCUGUUCUCUCUUCCGCACAAAGACCAAGAAGCCUACGCGACACUCGCAUCAACAUGGUCGUCGUAAGGCCAAAAGGGCUCAUUUUGACAAGUGAAAUCUGCUGUUUUCCACUAUGAAACUAUUGGUGGUAAAUGACAGGGUUUUGAUGCGGUCUUUUUGUGUCUCAGCAACAGGCAUAUGUUGUCUAAACAGCCCAUGUUAGAGAUAUCAAAGGUUUUUUUUUGUUAUGUAUGUUUUUUGUUUUGUUGAAGCUCUCUGUGCAAAAGUGUUUCUUUACUCGCUUUUUCAAGAUGCCUUUUGGAUAAAGUUUUCAGUCUUUUUAUACAGAGAAGGUUAGACAUAUCUCAGUAGUAAAUUAAAGGCUUGGUUUGUGUAUUUUGUAAUUCAUGUGGCACUUGCUGUACUAACUACUCUUCAAAAGCCAUCACUCUCGUUUUAUCA